UAGGAUGAUGUACUCGAUUGUGGACGGAACACUUCCUACCUUUGUUUAUGUCGAUGCCCACCAUGACGGGCUAUGCGCCAUCCUAUGUCAAGGGCCAGACCAAACACACCUAAAACAGUGGCUGUUGCAUCCAGGGCCACCAGGGAUGUUGAAAAGCGAUAUCCUCAGCUAGAUCUCAAGGCACUAGCAGUAGACUAUGGCCUCCAGGAGAUGCGAAUUUACCUGGCCGGCAACCCUGAUGUGACUGUGGCGACCGACCACAAGCCACUUCUGCCCAUAUUUCGAGGCACGAGGCCUGGAUUGGUCCAAUCCGAUCGAAUCAUCUUUUCUGAGUUGACAAUCUUGGCCGGGGGUAACGUCAUUCGUGGGGAGCGGCCGAUCUUACCCUGUGAACUUCAAUCCAAGGCUAUCCGAAUGGCCCAUGGAGUGUCUCAGUUGGGUGCAUCAUCGGCCAAACGCCGUCUCUGCACCGUGCUGUGGUUCCCAAGGCUGGAUCGAGCCAUGGACAAGUUUGUGUCCCAAUGUGUUACGUGUCAGUUGGUGACCGAGAAACAUACCAAAGUCCAACAAAGACACCACCCCACGCCGGCCCUUCCCUGGGAAUCUGUUUCGAUUGACCUCUUUGGACCCUUGCCUGACCAAUCACACAUUCUUGUGGCUCAAUGCCACCUGUCGCAUUAUCCAAGUCCAACUUUUGUCCGAACCACAUCCGCCAAAGAGACAAUCCUGGCCGUAACAGAAAUAUGCUCCACCUUUGGGUUCCCGCGCACUCAAAGGUCUGACAAUGGUCCGGCCUUCAAAUCUGAUCAGUUCAGACAAUUUUGCGACAAAACGGAGCUGCCGGUUGUCAAGGGGAUCAAAUCCCAGGAGAUGGAGGCGGUGUGCUGCGGCGACAGAACCCACCGGCGGGAUGGAGUUGAGAAGUUCAAUGCGAGGUGGCGCACCCAUCCGUCAACUGUCCAACCCGGACAGUGGGUUCUUUUGAGAGACCAUCUCCGUCCUUCCAAGUUACAUACCACGUUAGAGCCCACCCCACACCAGGCUCUCAAUAAACAAGGCCAUGCCACCUUCCUACUGAGGAACCAAACAGAUCAGGAUGUUUGCAUCCGCCACGAGGACGAUAUGAAAGUGAUACCAGGGCCCACCAGAAAUAUAUUCGUCAGACCAAAAACGGCUAAGAUACCCGUUCCUUUAUGGAUUGAUCAACCAAGAAGAGAGGCGCCAUCACGCAUUACUAUUUCCCCCUCGCCAGCAAAUUCCCCACCAAUCCCGGGCCGUCCUUCACACUCGAGCGUGUCCUCUUCCUCAAGUCAUUUAGGACACCUCAGGCCUGACCCCGAGUCUCAACUUCUCCUCAACUGAACAUUCCAAAAACUACACAGUCGCUCAUGCAGCGGCCCAUCCAACCCUACUGUAGGUGCAACACCACUCCAUCGCUCUUUUAGGAAAACUCGUCCGCCCGAUCUCUUUGGCUUUGGUUCGAUCUGUCCACGGGCGCCACAUCCUAAGACACCUUUGAAUCAAUGAAUUCAAAGCCUAGCCUCAAACAUCCAAGAGUAUUAUUACACUCCACUUUCGUCAAAUUCAAUUUACCACUCUCCACCUUGUAAUGAUCUAUUCUCCUUCACCAAACCUAUCCCUCACUAACUUCCCCAACAUACGAUCGAGUCUGCUCUCACCCAAUCAGAUCUUCACGUGGAAGCUGGGGGUAGGUUCCAUUAUUCAUACAUUUUACAUUCAUAACCAUAUAUUCAUUUAUCUAUUACUUUCGUAUUAAUAAAGGUUCUAAUCGUUU